UUCCCCAUGUGACCUGGCGAGUUACACAACUCAGGAACUCAAGAGCCCUGCCUUCAGCGCGCAGCGCAAAGUCCACUCGGCCGAGCUUCAAGCAUUUGUCUGUUAGUGUAUCCUCAUUGGAUGACUUCUCUUCUCUUGGUUAUUCCUCGUAACCAAAUGGUAACCAACUGUUUGCCUGGUGAUACAUCAGAUGGAGAUACUCGGUUGUGUUGACAUUUCUCCAACAUGGAUUCUGGGGAUAUUGGUGUUGUUUCUGAUUUAUGCAUAUGGAAAAAAGAGAAAUCGUCUGUUCAAGGAUGCGGGUAUUCCUGGCCCGGAGCCCGUGAUUUUUAUUGGGAAUUUCCAUCAGUUGUUAAAACAGGACAUCCUCGGCCACAAGCUUUCGAAACAGUAUGGUAAAGUCUUCGGGAUUUUUGUGGGCGGCCUUCCGAUGAUCAGUGUAACGGACCUCGAUGUUGUGAGAGAGAUUUUGAUCAAAGAUUUCCAGCACUUCACAGACAGAACGGGUUUCGACUUGAGCAACUACCCAGUGGACAGAAGUAUUCUCCUUCAGAAAGGCGCUAAUUGGAAACGGCUGAGACAUAUUGUAAGCCCAACAUUUAGUGGAUCCAAACUGCGCUUGAUGUGCGACCGAAUAAACCAAUGCGCCAGUAUACUUACAACUAACUUUGUUAAGACAGCAGAGUCGAACCAAAGCAUUGAUGUCAAACGCUACUUUGGUGCAUUCGCAAUGGACGUCAUUGCAAGCACAGCUUUUGGGAUCGAAGUGGAUUCCCAAAGUGACUCCAAAAAUGCUUUCGUUGAGGAGGCAAGAAAGUUCUUUGGGCAGGGAAUCCAAAGCCCUAUUAUGAUGCUUAUUUUGAUUUUCCCCGAAUUCACACCCUUAUUCAGAGCUCUAGGUGUGAGCUCAUUUUCAAAGACCACUCUAAAGUUCUUCACGAAGGUACUGAAUGAAAUGAUUGAACAACGCAAGGCGGAUUCAAAGGAUGGAAGGGUGAAAACUCAGGACUUCUUCCAACUUUUAAUUGACGCAGAAGAUGAUGGGAGUGAUGAAGACCCCAAUCAGAGUGGCUGUAAAAGCAAAAAAUUGACCAACGAUGAAAUACUUGGUCAGGCUUUAUUAUUCUUCAUUGCUGGAUACGAAACUACGGCCAACACCCUCCAUUUUAUUGCCUAUUCCCUGGCAAUGAACCCGGAUGUACAACAGCGGCUCACAGAAGAAAUCGACACGGUUUUGGGAGAAAAAAUUCCAGACUAUGACAAUGUUUGUGGACUGAAAUAUAUGGACCACGUGAUCAUGGAGACUCUCAGAUUGUAUCCUGCUGUGGUUGGAGCUACCCGUGUGGUGGCGGAAACUGUCACCAUCAAGGGCUACACAUUCCCCAAAGGCUGUGGUGUCAACAUCCCUGCUGUUAAGAUACACCGGGAUCCUGAUAUAUAUCCCGACCCGCAAAGCUUUAAGCCUGACAGAUGGGAGCGAAAGUCUGAAAUGGAUCCCAUGAGUUAUCUCCCCUUCGGCCAUGGCCCCCGUCAGUGUGUGGGAAUGAGGCUUGCGCAGAUGGAGAUGAAGAUUGCUCUGUCUCAGAUUCUCAAGAAGAUUCAGUUUGUGCCUGCGGAGGACACCCUGGCAUCAAUCGGAAGUGACGACAUCUCUAUAAAUACGGGCAUAUUCAACACCAAGAAGCCAAUAAUGCUGAAAACCCAAGUCCGUUCUGACACGUAAAACAGGAAAGACCCACAACGUUUUCCAGACCCUUUGAUGUCUUUCAGAAAGCGUAUAUGUAUACUUGAAUGCCAUCAACUAUUGUACAAAUCACUAAUUGGUAUAUCGGAAAAAAUAUUUAUUUUUACAAUUUUUAGCUUCUUAGAAUACCAUCUGGAUCAUUUCGAUCAAAAGCACAUGCAUCUCAAGAGUGAACUACAUCGAAAGUUCUCUGAUAAAGUGCCCUCAGUUUGUCCAAGUGGACACAGGUCCUCCACAAGAUUGUGUCAUCUCGACCGUACUCUUCAAGCUCUACACUUACCAUCGUGUAAGCCUGGCCAUCACAUUGUUUGUCUUAUGGUCAAACUGGCCUCAUAUAAGAAGAGAAUGAACAAAAUUCCGAUGAAAUCAGCCACUUCUAAAAUGGAGUGAGGAUAAUUAUAUUCUAUUGAAUGUGAAUAGCUGAGGAAAUGACGAUUGACUUUAGAAACAGGAAGAACGGUAUGACACCUGGAACUAUUCACAAGGAGGCUGUGGACAUUGUAUCUCAUUAUAAGUAUAUGGGAAUAUUCAACAAGGAGGUUAUUUUCGAUACCAAGUUCAACACUGAUGUGAAUGUCAGAAAUCUCAACCGAGAGUUUAUAUAUAUAUUAGUAUUUUUUUAUGUUUAUAAGAGUGUCCAGUCCCUUUUUUAUCAUUGUAUUGUUAAACGUUUUCUUCACAAUUCCUACAAUCCUUGCUGGUAGGGAUCUCUAGUAUCAUUAGCUAGAAAAAUAGCCGGGGUUCACUUUUGGCACUGUAUCUACUCAUGAGCAAACCUAGAAACAUAAUCAGGGUGAACCGGAAUUCAUACCAACGAUCAUAGGUUUCUGGCAAGGGUCGCAAGUCUGCACAGCGAAUUGCUGCGCUUUAGACAAUUGGACCCCCUGGUUCAAACAUCGUGUUUCGACAGCUGUUGUUGCCUUAAAUUUAGGGCUUUACGGACAAAUAAUUGUAACGUUUCGACAAACGACUGUAAAGAACAAUUUGCGAUAUACUCUGUCCGCCCCACGCCUGUUUUGAAUCUAUCACUGAAACUUGUAGCAAUAAAAAAAUACUCCAGUGGUAUUUGAA